AAGAAGCUCUAGCAUCCUCGAUCAGGAAGCAACUAAUUAACUAACAAAAACUCUCUCGGGAACCAAGAAAUCAAAGGAAGAGGCCGGAGAGAGAGAGAGAGAGCUGGUUGACUUGACCGAUCAUGGCUAGCGGCCAGGAGAGGAGCGGCGCCGAUGAUGUAGAAGGGGGAGCAGGGGAGGAGGGAGCUGAGAAGCCGGCGGCCGUGGUGGAGCGCGUGCCGCUACACCGGCUGUUCGCGUUCGCGGACAGGAUGGACGCCGCGCUGAUGGCCGUGGGCGCCGCGGCGGCGGUAGCCAACGGGAUGGCGCAGCCGCUCAUGACCUUCAUCUUCGGCGACGUCAUCGACGCCUUCGGCUCCACCGCAUCCUCCGGCGUCCUCCACAGGGUCAUCAAGGUGAUCAUGAACUUUGUCUAUCUUGCCAUUGGAGCAGGACUCGCUUCAACACUUCAGGUAUCAUGUUGGACAAUUACUGGAGAAAGACAGGGGGCACGAAUCAGAGCCUUGUAUCUCAAAGCUAUUCUGAGACAGGAUAUUGCAUUUUUUGACAUGGAAUUGAGCACUGGGCAAGUGGUUGAGAGGAUGACAGGAGACACAUUCCUCAUUCAAGAUGCCAUUGGAGAAAAGGUUGGGAAGUCCAUACAACUCCUUUCUACUUUUGUUGGUGGCUUCAUUAUUGCAUUUGUGAGAGGAUGGCUCUUGGCUCUUGUUAUGCUCUCAUGCAUUCCUCCAAUUGCUGUUGCCGGUGCAAUUGUGUCAAGGUUGAUGACAAGACUCUCCACCCGCAUGCAAUCAAAAUAUGGUGAGGCUGGAAACAUUGUUGAACAAACUCUUGGGGCCAUUAGAACGGUUGUUUCGUUCAGUGGCGAGAAGCAGGCUAUAAUGACAUAUAACACAUUCAUAAGAAAAGCAUGUGAAUCUGCUCUACAAGAAGGUGCUGUAAGUGGACUUGGAUUGGGUUCUGUAAUGGCAGUGUUGUUUUGCAGUUAUGGGUUGGCAGUUUGGUAUGGAUCUAGAUUGAUAGUCAAGCGCGGAUACAAUGGUGGCAUGGUUAUUUCGGUUAUAAUGGCUGUCAUGAUCGGCGCAAUGUCCUUAGGUCAGGCAACACCAUCAGUAACUGCUUUCGCAGAAGGUCAAGGAGCAGCAUAUAGAAUGUUCAAGACAAUUGAACGGCAACCAGAUAUUGAUAUACAUGAUGCCACAGGUAUCAUACUGGAGGACAUCAAGGGUGAUGUUGAACUCAAGGAUGUGUACUUCAGCUAUCCUACCAGGCCUGAACAUUUGGUAUUUGAUGGAUUCUCAUUGCGAGUACCAAGUGGUACAACUAUGGCCCUAGUUGGAGAGAGCGGCAGUGGGAAGUCGACCGUGAUCAGUUUGAUGGAGAGGUUUUAUGAUCCGCAUGCUGGGGAAGUCUUGAUUGAUGGAGUUGACAUUAAAAGAAUGAAUCUUGGAUGGAUCAGAGGAAAGAUUGGUCUUGUCAGCCAAGAACCAGUGUUGUUCUCAACUACAAUCAGGGAAAAUAUUGCCUAUGGGAAGGAAGAUCUAACCCUUGAAAAGAUCAAGGAAGCAGUUGAGCUUGCGAAUGCAUCAAAAUUCAUUGAUAAGUUACCAAAUGGUCUUGAGACAAUGGUUGGGGAACGUGGAACUCAACUAUCUGGAGGGCAGAAGCAAAGAAUAGCAAUUGCUAGAGCAAUUGUAAAGAACCCUAGGAUCUUGCUACUUGAUGAAGCAACUAGUGCGCUGGAUAUGGAAUCUGAGAGGGUAGUUCAAGAAGCUUUGAAUAGGGUUAUGUUACAAAGGACUACAAUUAUUGUUGCUCAUCGCCUAAGCACAGUAAAGAAUGCUGAUGUGAUAUCGGUCUUACAGCAUGGGAAGAUGGUGGAACAAGGUUCACAUGCAGAACUGAUGAAGAUACCUGAAGGUGCCUACUCUCAGCUGAUUCACCUACAACAGACUCAUCAAGAGACACAGUAUUCUACUGUCGACCCUGAUAUGAUAGUAACAAACAGUUUUGGCUCCAGAUCUAUAAAUACCAAGCCGAGGAGCCAAAGUAUCUCUAGGAGAUCAACUAGUGAAGGCUCCUCUUUCGAGCAUAGUGGUAGGCACUCUCUCCCUGCUCCGCUUGGCCUACCUGAUCCAAUGGAAUUUAGUGAAGCUCUGGACAUAAAGGAGGAGACUACAGACGAAGUGACUAGUGCCCGGAAGAAAGCUCCAAUUGGUAGACUCUUCCGUCUGAACAAACCAGAGGCUUUUGUUCUUGCACUUGGUUCUAUAACUGCUGCAAUGCAUGGUCUUAUUUUUCCUAUAUAUGGCAUAUUGAUUUCAACUGCGAUAGAAGUGUUUUAUGAGCCACCAGAAGUACUACUGAAGGACUCCAGAUUCUGGGCAAGCAUGUUUGUUGUGCUGGGGGCUUGUGCAUUAGUUCUGAUUCCAAUAGAGUAUUUCCUGUUCGGAUUAGCAGGCGGGAAGCUUGUGGAGCGCAUACGGUCAAUGACAUUCCAAAGUGUAAUGCGCCAAGAGAUCAACUGGUUCGAUAAACCUGAACACUCGAGUGGAUCAAUUGGUGCAAGGCUAUCGACUGAUGCUCUGAAUGUGAAGCGACUCGUUGGUGACAAUUUAGCACUUAAUGUCCAGACUAUAUCAACUGUGAUAUCAGGCUUCACAAUAGCAAUGGUGGCAAACUGGAAGCUGGCAAUGAUUAUCACAGUGGUGGUUCCUUUGGUGGGUUUUCAAGGCUAUGCUCAAAUCAAGUUCCUGAAAGGUCUCAAUAAAAAUGCAAAGUUGAAGUAUGAAGAAGCAAGUCAAGUAGCAACUGAUGCAGUUGGUGGCAUCAGAACUGUGUCAUCAUUUUGUGCUGAGAAGAAGGUGAUGGAAACAUAUGAGAAGAUGUGUGAAUCUCCAAUAAGGCAAGGAAUAAGGGAAGGUGUUAUCAGUGGCUUGGGUUUUGGCUUCUCAUUCCUUGCAUUCUACUUUACGUAUGCUCUCUGUUUCUAUGUCGGUGCUAAGUUUGUUCAGCAAGGAACGGCGACAUUUCCUGAAGUGUUUAGGGUCUUCUUCGUAUUAGUUUUGGCAACUAGUGGAAUCUCGCGAACAAGUGCAGUAGGUGUGGACAGCAAUAAGGCUAAUGAUGCGGCCGUCUCUAUCUUUGAAAUUCUUGACCGGAAAUCCAAGAUUGAUUACAGCAGCCAGGAGGGUGUGACCAUCGCAAGUGUGAGGGGUGACAUUGAUUUCCAGAAUGUGUGCUUCAAGUACCCGUUGCGACCAAAUGUUCAAAUCUUCAAGCAUCUGUCGUUGAGCAUUCCUUCUGGAAAGACUGUUGCGUUAGUUGGAGAGAGCGGAAGUGGCAAAUCAACUGUGAUCGCUCUCCUUGAGAGGUUCUAUGAUUCAGAUUCCGGUAAGAUCCUUUUUGAUGAUGUGGAACUUGAGGCGCUGAAGAUAAGUUGGCUUCGGCAGCAAAUCGGGCUAGUUGCCCAAGAGCCAGUGUUGUUCAAUGACACCAUCCGCACCAACGUAGCUUAUGGGAAGCAAGGGGAGGCAUCUGAAGAAGAGAUCAUUGCUGCUGCUGAAGCAGCCAAUGCGCAUCAGUUCAUCUGUGCCCUGCCUGACGGAUACAACACCAUCGUCGGCGAAAGAGGGAUCCAAUUGUCAGGCGGGCAGAAGCAGCGUGUCGCCAUCGCAAGGGCCAUCAUAAAGAACCCUAAGGUGUUACUGUUGGAUGAGGCAACAAGCGCGCUAGAUGCGGAGUCAGAGCGAGUGGUGCAAGAGGCGCUAGACCAGGUGAUGGUUGGUAGGACCACCGUGGUGGUGGCCCAUCGGUUGUCAACAAUCAGAGGUGCGGAUAUCAUCACCGUCCUGAAGAACGGUGCAGUAGUCGAGAAAGGCAGGCAUGAAGAGUUGAUGCGGAUAAAGGAUGGAACCUACGCUUCCCUUGUUGAGCUCAGCUCUAGUUCUGGGUGACCUGAUGGAAGCCUAGACAUUAUUCAAAACUGACAUAACCCUCACGUGGAUUGGAUAAUAUGUAAAAGGGUGUACUCAGGGUUCUACUUGAAGUUAAUUCCUAGCCUGUCCAUAAGCAACAACGACUCCACAGCACGCACCAUUCGUUUCUGUCUAUAAAAUUUCAUGUGAUGUAUGCGAAUAGUUUGGAUGUACCCAACGUGGGUGUGGUAAUUUGAAAGGAUAGAUCUAAAAGGGUUUUGUUCAUUAUCCACAUGGAUUGGAUAAUAUGUAAAAGGGUGUACUCAGGGUUCUACUUGAAGUUAAUUCCUAGCCUGUCCAUAAGCAACAACGAGUUCACAGCACGGACCGUCUGAUCGGCCCCUACUCGAUUGCCUAGCACAAUGGGAUGGACCUUUAUAGACGACUCAAUUACAGGCCUUGACCGCCGCCCCUUAAGGCCGCAAAGCGAAGGAAGACGAAGGUCCUUAGCACCGAUGAGCCUUUCGAUUAAGCCUCUAGGGCUAACCGAGAUGGGUCCAGAUCCUUGUUGGCCCCUACUUCGAAGGGUCCAAAUGUGCCGAAAGCAUCAAAGCUACCGAGAGCCUUGGGGAAAGCCCCAACCCCAAGGCGCCGACCUCUGGAGGAGGAGAUGCCCUGAAAGAUCCCUCCACCUCAUCCGAGGAGGAUAAGGUCGGGGUUGCCGACUCGACGGCGCAUGCGGCACCACCUCCUCCGGUAGGCAAUGCUCCCCCCCCUCUACUAUGCGAACCUUCGUCACUGUAUCCCAACAAGGAGAUAAAGAGAUUCAAUGUGCCCGAUGUCUUCCAAAGGCUUGUCUCUGGCUUUGAUAACGAGCAUCAUCGAUCAUUCUAGUGUAAAUGAGACCUCAGGUUUCUAUUCGCUAAAGCAUUCUUCGUCCUAUAUGUUUUGUUGGCCUCAAUCUGCUAAUUUUCUUCAUAAUUGUCGACAGAGAGUCCCCCUCCUUGGAUGCCUCCCCAGGUUGGCCUUGGCAAGAGCAAAGGACUAUUUACCUACCCUAGCCCUUCGAUCCCUCCACACAGGGAGGUCAUACCCUUGUUCUCGUAUGACCUUGUCAUCCUUUGUAGGACAUGUUCCCUCUGCAUGCGUUGAGGCUUCAGUUGUCGACCUUUCUCCCGCUCUCCUCCUCGAACACAUCAUCGCUGGUCAUGUGAAGGUAUGUGUUUUUUCUAUGCAUUCUAGAAUUUGGCUCGAAGUCCCCCCUUAAUGUUUUUACUAUCUGUAGGAUGUCUUGUUGGCGUGCAGUGCUCAGAAGGUGGUCCACAAUGCGAGCACUCAACUUGAGGAGUCACAUUCGCAAAAGCGAUAGCAUGAGGGGGAGGUGAAGAGAUUGAAGGCCACUCUUGAAGAGGUGACGAAGGUCCUCACAAACGAGAAGGCCACCCUCGCAGAGGCGAUGAAGGCUCUUGUCAAUGAGAAGGAGGCUCGAGGCAACCUCCUCAGAGGUGGCUUCCAUUAUGCAUGAGUUAGGGCUAGUUCCUGGCCCCUGCCCCUCUAUUGACAUAGAUCUUCAAGGGGGCUUGGGUGGCUUUGAGUCGUUGCGUCCACUCUGAGGUCGGGUACCCUGGCCUUCGACGACUUUUGUACUAGGAUUGCCUGUGCACCAUCUUCAGCACCCUGAGGGCACUCGGUUGUGCCCAUUACAGUGAACUAUCCCAUAAUGACUUUGAGUUUCCCUCAGAUAUGACGUUGACUGUGAAAGCCGUACAAAUAGCAUUUGGCUUAAUUGAACAUGCCGACUGGCUAUAAAAAUGAGGGUAGCACAAGCCCGAUAACCGACGUGUCAUGUGCUAACACACAUCUAAACCACCUAUUGCACAACCAUUCGAUUAAAACAAAUGCAAUCCCGGUAUUCCUGGUACGUGCGUGCCAUGAUCACACAUGUACUUUUACAACACGUUCAUCACAAUAA